AUGGCAGCGGUCAAGCUUCUUGUUGCAGUAGCUCAUACUACUGCUUGUCAAACCAUCUCUGUCAAUAUCAAGACGGAAGACUCUAUCGUGGAUCUUGUACGGAUGAAGCCUGGAACAGUGGCAAUUGUCCUCAGUUCUGUCAAGACAAUAACCCAGGAAACGGAAUACAGUAAGGCCGAUGUCGAACUAUUUACGCUCGCUCCGAUCUCAACAAUUGGUCAAAUCAUUAGCACAACCUUCUCGAAUUUCCAGGCCAGUCCUACUACGGCCCCCACAACGUCCAGGUCCUCUACUACUACCUCUUCCACUUCCACUCCGUCCAUUUCCACGACGACUGGGUCCACAUCUGAGGGAAACACCAGCUCUUCUCCAACAACAUCUUCCAGAACGAUUUCGGACACCUCAUCCUCGACUGGCACCGGGACAGCCGCCGGAGCUUCGGCGACAGGAUCUGGCGAGUCUGGAGGUGGAGGUGGAUCGAACACCGGUGCGAUUGCCGGGGGUGUUGUGGGAGGACUUGCGGUUCUGGGCGCUAUCGGCCUUGGAGCAUGGUGGUUGUUCGUGCGCAAGCGCAACGAUAAAUCUGGGGCGGCUGCUGUUGCACCUACGUCCCCGAACGACAACAAAGAGCAUUAUCAGUACUACGGAGGUCCUCAGGGAGGAUACUAUCAGAGCGCUCCACAACACGAACCGCGCGAGAUGGAUGGUGGUCAGACAAUGAUCCCGCAUGAGAUGGAUUCCACACCUCAAAGACAACAACCCAACGCUUGGCAUGAACUACCAGCCGAAUCAAUGCCUCGCCGAUGA